AUGGAGACCCUGGUGGUUGCCGUCGUGCUAUCUGUGGUCAGUGAUGCCGUCAUGGCGGCCGCGACGACGGCUUCGUCCACUCCGGAGCCGGCUACGCGCGCUACUGAGGCUAAGACGUCGGAUCCGCUGGCUUUCGAGAGACUUCUCGGGGAGCUGAAGUACGGCAUGGAGUUUCUGGUCAGCAAGGUGUCCUUGAUGGAACCUCGUCUUGGCCGAAUGGAUCUUGCCAUCGCCAGACUUGAACGAAGCAUUCAUCGGGACGGAAUGGCGGGACAAGGUGGACAUCUAUCCGCGAAGCAAGGCUUUUCUGCGACCAAGGGUCACGGUUGCGUAACUGUGGCCAACGAAAUGGGCGACCAGGUGACCUCGGGCAUCGCGGGACAGUUGAGAGGUCUGGCCGAAGAGCAACAUCUCUUCCAAGAUAUGCUCCACGAGCUGCGUAACUUCACAGCUCUCAGCUCCAGUCGCAUCCUCGCAAAGAUGGACCAGAGCGCUGCGAUGAGCCAGCCUGCCGUAAACAUCCAGACAAGUCGGCCCGUGAUCGUCGGUGGCGGCACCAAGCAAGCCAUUCGUCCAGGGAUGGAUCGACCGGGCAGGCCGCUCAUGGUCCCCGUGGUUGAGGUCAAGAACAACCACAAGUCGCCGACCACAGCCAGUGCCCUGUACCACGCCGACGGGACCGGCGAACGGCGCAAAGAUCGACUGGGGAGCAUCUUUGCCGAUCUUUUUGGCGGUACCAGGGCCAACAUUGCCAAGCAUCUGCGGCAGAAACUGGGUUCCGAUUCCAAUGCAAGAGCAACAUUCUUCUUUUAUACACAGGUCACCGAAGCUAUCCGUCGUGGCGCCGAGACACCGCUGGCCCACGGCAAGGAAUACGUAGACACUCUGGAAGACGACAUGCGCCGGCUGGCGAUGGUCAAAGCGGACGUGGCCGACUCCUCGGCCGCGGCCAGAAGCCUCCACUUCCGCGUGUUCAUGGACGACGCCUUCGAGCCCCUGCGUGCGUCAACUUCCAGCUUGUCCAAGGCCGUGGGCAAGCUGGAAAGGGACAUGCCUCCGCUGUUGUCUCAGUUCAGCCAGACCGUGGGCAGCCUGAGGACCGUGUUCGGAGAGCUGAGGGAAGCCCUCAACUUCACGUCCCUCGGAGACGCCUACUACGUGACGCUCAGCGAAGAAGAGGACUUCUGGAAGUGA